GGGGCCAGCAGAGGGAGGGAAGGUGCUGAGGAGAGAGAGUGCCUGUGACUGUCACCGAGCAGAGACGGCGAAACAACACAGCUGAGGCGAGACGGCUCCGACCUGACAGCAAUCUGAGGGAAAUAUUAUCGGACUGACAUUUCUUUAUUCUACCCUGGAGGGAGAACAACACUGAGGGACUGACAGGUGGAAACUCUGAGGACACAAAGAAGAACAAAUCCUGUCACAUCCCGGGCAGACAGCCUUUUAUUCUUCCAGACAACUUCCCCACAGACUGCAAGGGGGAAAAAAAGUCUUGGGGCUGCAGAUCAGACCCCACUUUAUUGACUUGUUUACCUCACAGCCUUGAGGAUAUCCUGUACAAAGACAUUGUAGAAAGUUUGGUCAGACACCUGUAAGGAUGACAGAGAAUGCAGCCUCCACCCCGGCCUCCAAGCCCAAGAGAUCCCGGGCAGCCAAGAAAGCAACUGACCACCCCAAAUACUCUGACAUGAUCCUGGCCGCUGUCCAGGCCGAGAAGAACCGGUCGGGCUCCUCUCGUCAGUCCAUCCAGAAGUACAUCAAGAACCACUACAAAGUGGGCGAGAAUGCUGACUCCCAGAUCAAGCUGUCCAUCAAGAGGCUGGUCACUGUGGGCAUUCUCAAGCAAACCAAGGGAGUGGGUGCAUCUGGCUCCUUCAGGUUGGCUAAGGGGGACGAGCCCAAAAAACCAGCAAAGAAACCCAAAAAGGAAGCUAAAAAAGUGGCUUCUCCCAAGAAAGCAGCAGCCAAACCCAAGAAAGCUGCCAAGUCUCCAGCCAAAGCCAAAAAGCCCAAAGCUCCUGAAAAGAAGGCAAAGAAGGUGACCAAGAAGAAAGCAGCUCCCUCUCCUAAGAAAGUCAAGAAGACAAAGACUGUUAAAGCCAAACCAGUCAAGGCACCCAAGGUGAAGAAGGCCAAGCCAGCCAAACCCAAGGCUAAGUCCAGCCCAAAGAAGUCCACACGAAAGAAGUGAACGCAGCUGGACAGCUCCCGAGGAAUCCUGUACAUAGUUUUGUAACCUUUAACUUUUUUUCUCCUCCAGUGCAACUUUCUUAAGAUGAUUCUCUUCCCUUCUAUACCUAAGGACGAUACCUUUAUUUAUGUACACUUUUUUUUAUGAUUUUUUUUUUUUUGUUCAUGUGUUUUGUUUUUUUGCGGGGGGAGGGGGGGAGUGUUGGAAGUAAGAAUUUGUUGGCAUUACCUUUGUUUUAGGCUAUUUUCACAUCUGUAUUCUAUUGCAGAUUCCUUCACAGAAGCUGGAAAAGGUAGUGUUUUUUACUUUUCCAACUAUUUUUGAUGGAAUCCCAACAAGCCCCACUGUUAUCAGUAGAGCUCAUCAGGCGUUGCCAGUGUUUGUCAUGUGACGAAUCUGGUGGCUGUUUUUUUUUGUCUGUUCUUCAGAAAUGGGAACACAGGUGUGAAUGCUGUCUUAUAUGCACUAAUUUUUAUAUGUUUAAUUUAUAGGCUGUAAUCAAUAAAUGGUGAUACACAACCAGAUUGACAUUUCCCACUUCCAAUAGUGACAUAUGGGCUGUGUGUAUUAUGAUUUUGUUGCUUUUUAUACAUUAGAUCUGUUUUGGUGACAUUGCUGGAAUAAUAGCUGUAGCAUGUGACACAAGUCUCUCCUGCGGAGCCACCAACUUUUUUUUAUGUUUUCAGUUAUGAUUAUUGUAGUGUCAUCAAGUCGGGUGUUUGUAUUUUUUCCAGAUCAGUACAUUGUAACAAUAUAGAGAUUUAGGAUCUGACAAAAUAUAUUGUACAUGAUCACGGUCUCAGUAUUGUUUUUCCUGUCCAUUACUGUCUAUACUGCCUUUACAGGUAACAGAUGUCUGAUUAAUGUUCUGUUCACAUUCGUCUGAGUCUUCAUUGAAGAUUCCAUCACAUUUGACAGGAAAAAAAUGGCACAGCACCUAGUCCAGUCAUCCCCCUACCUUAAAACAACAGACACCCUGACGGAUCCCCUUUAUUAUAGUCAGUGGAGUGCUGCUCAUAUCUUGUGUGAUGGAUUCAUCAAGGCUUGACUUCUGAUUUUCUGCUCCUGUAACAGAGCAGAAAAACAAUUCACAGCACAUAUGUGAACAGAGCCAAAGAUCAGCACCAGCUAUGGGCUGGCAAUACUGAAAACUGAUCCUUUUCUCUCCUGGAUCCUGACUACGUGUACACCGUGCUGUACUAUAUUAUUAGAUGUGUAAUCAUUGCAGUUUAGAAUGCUGUUUUUUCUUUGUCAGCAUUGACUACGUACACUGGCCCUGAUUUACUAAGAGUGAAGUGUAGGUUUCUUUGUGGGUUUUAAUUCCCUACAAUUUUUUGUCCACGGUAUUUACUAAGGUUUCCCUACAUUUUCCACUUUCUCUACGUUUUGCUUUUUAAAUUUUUUUUUACACAUGCUAUGAUCUGUAGGGUUUUCCUCAACUGAAAUCCACCACAUUUUCUGUGGAAACCUUAGUAAAUAUGUUGGUUUUCUGGAAAAAUUUCGGGAACACGCCCCUUUUGAGUUACCACGCCCCCUUUUACCGACUGUCACGGCCCUUUUUCGGGUUUUCUUAGUAAAAUGGGGAGUUAGUCAGGGUUUUUUUUCCAAUUCUGGCAAAACCUGUCGGGUUUGCAAUAGUAAAUGAGGGCCACUGAGUUUUUAUGGAACAGUUGCACUUUGAACCAGUUUUAGCUGAACUCUAAACAUCACGUUUUGUCAGUAAACACACAUGAGAAUAUAUUUUUGUUUUUGGCUUUGAUUAUUGAUGUAUUAGAAGGGGCUGUUGUUUAAGGCCUUUUGUUCAAUCCAUCAUUUAAUCAUUAAUUAUGGACUUAAUGGGAGGAUUAUUUUGUCCUUAGCAUUAAAUACUUUGAUUUACGAUGACGUGUGUUUGCUUUGUAGUUUAGCUUUGACAAAAUCCUAAUUUGUAUUCAUGAAUUUCAAAAUAAAAAGACAUGAACUGUU